AUGCCAGGGAGUGGCCAGAAAAGCGAAAGGAGGUCCUUUGAGAUAUGCACUUACCCUCUAUUUCACCUGUCAGGUAUUGGAGGUUCCAAGCCUCCUCAGCGAGUCAUCAUGGGAAAGAACGAGGGAAUAGUGGAAACGGGUAUCAAGCCUUUAUAUUCAGAUGUGAUUGUAGUUAUCAUCAAGGAGAGGACAGAAUGGGAGGAUAGAACAUCGGCGAAGAAGAAGAAGAAGCAGAAGCUGAGUAUGUUGCUAACCGCAUACCACUCAAUGUUUACAUACCCUUUGCUUACACUCUCCUCUCCCCCUACCCCCUUUCCAAAAUCCACAUCACCCCCGAUUCACCCACAAUCACAUGACCACCCGCCAACCCUCGCUCCUCGCAAUCCAUACGCCACUCCCUUGUCUAGCUCUCACUUCCCCUUCCCCAAGUCCCUCCAAAACCAGCUCCCCCCUUCACCGCUGUGUGGCCGCUUACACACAUCGCAUUCCCACCACCCAUGCCACCUAGACAUCCUCAAAAUCGCCCAUUCAUCCAGAACCCACACCCGUCGCGGUGAUGAUCAACCCCGUCAAAGAUCCCCAAAGAUCGACAAUGACGUCUCCAAGCGUUGUAACCGUUAUCCUUCAAGCGCAACCCCCAUCCGGGAUUUAUUGGCCCAUCACUUUUCCCACUCUGAAAGAACAUCCUAG